GAAGACAAGAUGUUCAAGCUUUUGAUUUCGCUUAUUUUUUUCACUGUCGUCGCUGCUGAUCCGUUGAGAGGGUUUCCUUUCUUCCGACGGUUCCCAGGGCGAAUCGUAGGAGGUGACAACACAACGAUCGAAGAUGUUCCCUACCAAAUAAGCCUUCAAGUAUACGGCGGGCACAACUGUGGCGGCAGCAUUAUCUCAAAAGAAUGGAUUGUUACAGCAGGCCAUUGUGUUUCUUCAGCCGUAAGCAGUCACUCAGUCCGCGCCGGCACAACUUUUCACAAUACUGGUGGAUCUCAUCACACAGUCGCGGAAAUAAUCCGUCACGAAGGCUACGGGUCAGAUAAAUCAGGGUUCCCAAUUAAUGACAUAGCUUUAAUCCGGGUUCAGGAAGUUUUUCAAUUCGAUGAAACGAGACAACCGAUCCCACUUUUCAACCCCGAUGAGGAAGCGAUACCCGGAUCUAUUUCCGUUAUAACUGGUUGGGGAAAUACCUUGUCGGAGUUUCCAGACAAUUUACAAACUGUUGACGUGCCAAUUAUCUCAAAAGCACAGUGCAACGAAAAUUAUGCCAGCUACGGAGGGAUUCCUGAGAAUGAAAUUUGUGCGGCUUAUCCAGGGGGUGGUAAGGACGCCUGUCAAGGAGAUUCUGGUGGACCUCUCGCUAUCGAAGGACGCCUUGCCGGGCUUACGUCCUGGGGGAUCGGGUGUGCUCGUCCAGAGUAUCCCGGAAUGUUCAAGCUUUUGAUUUCGCUUAUUUUUUUCACUGUCGUCGCUGCUGAUCCGUUGAGAGGGUUUCCAUUCUUCCGACGGUUCUCAGGGCGAAUCGUAGGAGGUGACAACACAACGAUCGAAAAUGUUUCCUACCAAAUAAGUCUCCAAGUGUACGGCGGGCACAACUGUGGCGGCAGCAUUAUCUCAAAAGAAUGGAUUGUUACAGCAGGCCAUUGUGUUUCUUCAGACGUAAGCAUUCACUCAGUCCGCGCCGGCACAACUUUUCACAAUAUGGGUGGAUCUCAUCACACAGUCGCGGAAAUAGUCCGUCACGAAGGCUACGGGUUAGACAGAUCAGGGUUCCUGAUGAAUGACAUAGCUUUGAUCCGGGUUAAUGAAGUUUUUCAAUUCGAUGAAACGAGACAACCGAUCCCACUUUUCAACCCCGAUGAGGAAGCGAUACCCGGAUCUAUUUCCGUUAUAACUGGUUGGGGAGAUACCUUGUCGGAGUUUCCAGACAAUUUACAAACUGUUGACGUGACAAUUAUCUCAAAAGCACAGUGCAACGAAAAUUAUGCCAGCUACGGAGGGAUUCCUGAGAAUGAAAUUUGUGCGGCUUAUCCGGGGGGUGGUAAGGACGCCUGUCAAGGAGAUUCUGGUGGACCUCUCGCUAUCGAAGGACGCCUUGCCGGGCUUACGUCCUGGGGGAUCGGGUGUGCUCGUCCAGAGUAUCCCGGAGUUUAUACAGAGGUUGCGGCUUUCCGAUCUUGGAUUAAGCAAAAGACUGGAAUUUAA